GUUGUGCAUUAUCGACGAAAACGAAUAUGCACGUUAAAAUUUGAUUAGUUUGUGUUGAGACUUCGCGGUGCGAGUACCUACACGUCAAAAUUAACGAUAAUCGCCCAUUCUUACGUUACUCACCGGUAAUUUUCUCCAGUUCUUGCAGUUAGUCGUCUGUAUGGGGUGUCUUAAAGGUUAAGUGAUGCUUUCAUUUUGGCCACUUCUUUUAAUUAUUUCAAGAAGUAUUUUAAAUGUAUUUCCUCAACAAUUUGAACCAAAGCCUCAAACUGAAAAACUGUUCAUGACCAACAAAAGCGACCACUUAAUUUGGUUUUUACAGAUAUCGGACAUACACAUUAGUGCAUUCAAAGACCCAUCUCGCCUGACCGAGUUUAGAGAGUUCUGCGAAAAUGCUAUAAACGUUUUUAAACCUUCACUAGUGAUUGCAUCCGGUGAUAUAACAGAUGGUAGAAAUUCGGACGGGUUUACUACACAACAAAUAGAAAAAGAAUGGUCCAAUUACCAAAACGUCUUAACUGGUUUGAAUGUAUCUCAACACAUGGUAUGGUUGGAUAUCAGAGGCAACCAUGACACCUUCAACGUGCUUGAUCUGAAAUCAAAUCAGAAUUACUUCGUGAAUUAUUCCGUACGGGGCAAGGCAAACCCUCGGUCAUACCUGUACCAGCUGGACAAGAACGGCGAUGUGUACUCAUUCAUCGCGGUUGAUGUAACUCUACGAACGGGACCUCGAUUCCCCUUCAAUUUUGCCGGCUUUUUAGACUCUGGAGAAGCACAAGUCGUCGAUAACAUUACUAAGCAAGUGGAAUCUAGUGAUAGUAGCUAUACGAUAUGGUUUGGUCAUUAUCCAACUUCGUGUGUUGUUAGUCAUGAACCGGGUGGAAUACGCUCACUUAUAGGAAGACAUGGACGUGGACUGGUGUAUUUAUGUGGGCAUUUGCAUACAUUUGUUCCGGAGAUGUACACAAUGCACGAGGAGGGUUUCUUGGAGCUCGAGUUAGGAGAUUGGAAAGAAAAUCGAAUGUAUCGAUUAUUGGCAGUUGAUCAUGGGUUGCUUUCGUUUGUUGAUGUCAAACAUCAAGAUUGGCCUAAGAUUUUAAUUACAAAUCCGAAGCACGCUUUGUUUGUAAUCCCAGACAAAGAAAAUUUAGAAAUUAUUCGAGAAUCGACACAUGUUCGUCUCCUAGUGUUUUCUAUUGCGCCCAUAGAAUUUGUAAAAGUUCGAGUUGACAAUGAAAACUGGACAGUAUGUGAAAACAUCGAUGGUCCUUUAUAUGCAGCCCCUUGGAAUCCUAAAAUGUACAGUACAGGUCUUCACCACGUUAAGGUGCAUGUCAAAGAUGCCUUUGGAAGGAAUAAGUAUGAGACACAGUCGUUUUCGUUAGAUGGAACGAAACUAUCUUUCAGUCUUUUACCAACAUUUGUUUUAAAGACAAGUGCAAAUAUUGUGUUCAAGUUAAUGUUUUGGAUUGUGAACAUUUUGAUCUUGGCGCCCUUACUACUACUCAAAUUGCUUCAGUAUCGAGAUAUUAGAAGAGGCAACACUGAUCAACGAAACUGUCGCUCUGGGUGUAUAUGUUAUAGAAAGCUCUGGACUGUAGUAUCGGUAGAUCGAAUUUUUUGGCCUUUGGUGGUAUACCAAAUUUAUUUGUCAUCCGGACCUUGGACGGUCGGCUACAUCAUCGAAGAUCAUAUUGGUGCUAUUUUUGUAUGGGGCAUACACAUCAAUGGUGUGUUCUUAACAGGAUCUUUUACAUACCUUUAUGGCUUUAUGCAGUUAUUAAUAUUUCAACUGCCUCUAAUACUUGUUUUGGCGUUUGGAGUGGAUCAUCGGAUGCAGUCUUUCUUGCGGUUUCAGAAAGUGUCUUGGUUUAUAAAGAUAGGACUUCAUCUUCCGUUUUUUAUAAUUUUAGCGUGUCAAUUCAUUCUAGCGUACUUCUUUGGGUCAGCUUACGGUAUUAUGGCAUGUUUACUUUGUCCAAUACAUACAUGGGCAAUAGUAUUUUCAAGUAUAUUGUGGAUGCAAUCGUUCUCUUUACAGAAACAUCAUCCUCUAUAAUUUUUGUUCUAAUAAUGUGCUGUGCAAUUUAACUGCUGUAAAGCCAUAUUGAUGUUGCUAUUAAAUACAAACUGAUCUACAUGACCA